UUGGAAAUAUGAUAGUUUUUAAAAAAUGUCAUCCAAAGAUAUGUAUGGCCAGAUCCCUGACAAUAAUAAUGAAAUGAAAAAAGCAAACCGUAGUUAGUGAUUGUACCUUUAUACCCUGAGUUAACUUGAACCACAUAGUUUCUAUAGGUGUGAGUUUGGUUUUGAUUUGCCUUUGUGGAGUUCAUGGGGGGGUGGGCUGCUUAAAGAGGUUACUUUUGCAAAUUGUCAUAUUUACUAUCGCAAAAAUUAACUGAAAAAUGUGCAUCAUCAUCACUAUCCCGUUGCCGAGCAUUUUGUGACUUAAUGACUGGUGCAUUUAUUUUGGUCUGCAUAACAAUACGAGGUAAAACAUUUUUUAAAAUUACAUUUAAACUUUAAAUAGGGGCUUUUAAUGAAAGAACAAAACUUGCAACUUUUAUUGGGUAUCUAAGAUUAAACGGAGACGAUGCAUCUUGGUAAAGUCGGUCCGGCGGUUAGGCUGAACUUCAAAUGAACACGGAAGCUGGAAGUAACGCAUCCGUUGUCACUCAGGGCUCCAGCCUCAGCCUCUUACACGGCACGGGUGACUAACAAUAGAGGGCGCUAGAGCAGACUUACGGUAACACGCUGGCUACAUGGAACUAGAAAACUGUUUACAAAAUUAGACUGUAACUUGUGUUGAGUGCCACAUACGUGGAAGUCUAUCUCUGUUCUGCAGUAUGUGCGAAUCAGGGGACGAGGUUUUAUCUGAUGUUCAUAUUCACAUUCCUCCAUCUUCCAGACUGUCAAACGGAGGACACGCUACCACAAGGUUCUACUUUGAAAUCCCCACAUCGAAAAAUCAACCAAAUGCCUCCUUGACAUUGCCCAAGGUACAUGUAUGUGGAAAGCAGAUAUUAGAGUCCAAGCACCAAGGAGCUCUUGAUAAUGAUGAUGAUGAUGAUGACGAAUCUGUAACCAUGACAACUGUAGAUGAGGAUGGAGACAUGGUUGUUGUCAGGAAGAGAAUGGGACAGAAGGAGAGAAAUGUCAUUGUCAUUAACCAUGCCAUGGCCACCACACUAAGUGAUGUUGGAUUACAGGUUUGGCAAGGAUGUCUGCUCCUCUGCGAUUUCCUUCUAACACACCGAGAGAUGUUCAAGGGCCGGGUCGUCUUGGAGUUAGGGUCAGGGGUCGGGCUGUGCAGCACUGUCAUGGCAAUGACAGCAUCCCAUGUGUUUGCAACAGAUAUAGGGACAAGUGUAUUGGAGUUGUGCCAAAGAAACAUCACCCACAACUAUCACUACCUGAUGGGUCACUCGGAUGAAAAUCAAGAAAGAGUAGAAGUCCAAGUGAGAGAGCUAGACUGGUUUCAGUCCACCAAGAGCUCAGAUCAUCCCGGUCCGUUUCAGUGGAGCAAGAAAGAUAUCGAGAAACUUGGCGAAGUCACUGUUAUCAUUGCUGCAGAUGUCGUAUAUGAUGAUGAUUUGACUGAUGCUUUCUUCAACACUCUGAUCAGGCUUAUGUCAUCGGGAAAAGACAAGACUGCAUUUAUAGCUCUAGAGAAAAGAUUGAAUUUUACAAUCGAGGAUCUCAACGUGACUUGCAAAGCCUAUGAUCACUUCCAGUUGCACAUCAACAGGUUGGUCUCCUCUCAAGAUGUGAAAUACUGCGUGGAGCAACUGCCUGUGAAUUUCCCACAGUGCUUCCAGUAUUGCAGGACCGAACAGCUGGAAUUAUGGAAGAUGAAUUUGGUAAGGGAGAAGAAUAUACCAGUAGACUGAUAUCCAAUUGCUGACUACUGCUUGCCAGCCUUGUAACUAACUCUCUUGCCAACCAGCUAGUUAGCCAGCCAGGAUGUAGACUAUCUGAUGGGCUAGUUGCCAACAGUGCCUGCUAGCCAAACAGCAAGAUUGGAUACGGGAGACAGGCAUUCAUUUGCAAGGCAUUGUGCAGCCUGCCAAGCCAGCCAACCAGACAGCUUAUUAGCCAGCCAGCCAGCCAUAUGUUACCUCAACAGGAAUGAGGAUAUAUCCUGGACAUCAACUCUUCAUCUAUCCUUUGCCUCUUACCAACAAGGACUAUGUCCCACCACACGGCAAAUCAGUUCUAGCCAGCCAGCUCAGCCAUCCAUGGUGUAGGAUCGGCCAUCUAAAAACAGAGGGCUAGUCCACAGUUGCCGUGAACACCAGGCCAAGCCAAAUCAGUGAGCCCGCGUACGAGGCGGUGCAGUGAGCCUUUUUCGUACAGCCAACCUACCCACACACUAGACAGAGCUGCACACAACAACAGCUCGAUCGGAGACCUUCCAGAAGACAAAUGUUAUUCAAAUGAAUGAAAAACUGGAUGAGACACUGAUGGAAUGUCAACAUCAUAUUGUGACCUUCAGACAAGUCUAUAACCAUCUGCCAUCUGUGGACUGGGGAAUUUUGAACAGUGUCCGGAGGAGCAAGAUUGCAAACGGGGGGAUAGAUGCAAGGGUAGGCUGGUAAACUGUUGGUCUGUGAAUGAGCCUUUGCGACAGUUUGUGUGUUGUUGCCAGAAAAAAUAUUUGAGUAUUCUACAUGGAAACUCAGUGACGUUUAUCAUCAUGAUGAUAAGCUUUUCCUGUGGUACAAUAUCUUGAAGUUGGGCAUGAUCGGUCAGUCUGCAUGUUCACGCAAUCUAAUUCUAAUUUUAUCUCCCUUUCUGGAAACAACCUUUCACAACUGUGAAUCAGAAAACAAAAAUGACUUGCUGAGGGUGGAAUUAUCAACAAAUUGUGCAAUAAGAUCGACCAAUCGUGCAAGGAUCAAGAGAUCAAGCAAAUUGACCAAUCUCACCCAACACAGGCUCCGCUGGUGACCAAGAGCAGGCGUUUUUACACCAAUAUCCCGCAUGGUAGACAGUCGCAUGCACAUGCCUGUACAGUUGUUGAUUCACUCCUUAAUCACAUGAUCAAUGUCUACCCGGAAAGCAAUCUUGGAUACUACUCUUCUGCUUGUACAUGAACUUCACAGCUUUGUGAGAAAUGGUUUUAUGAUAGAAUUAUCAGAUGCUGUUUAGGAGGAGACAAGACUAGGGAAGAGAUGGGGUCAAGGUCGGUUCAUGUGUACAUUUUCAUUUACAUUUGGUAAAUCAAGAGUCUUUUUAAAGGAUUGAAUAUUGCGGAAGGGAUGAGAUUGUAGUAACUUGGCCUGUUUGUAUUAAGAAAACAUUGCAGUCAGUUGAGGAAUCACCAUGGAAUGUGUGCAGUGAAUGUUGUCAUUUCUUUUGAAUAUUCAAAUAGCCCGAGCUAUGAGCUUUCUGGUGAGACUAUUUCAAGUUGCAAAUCCAAAAAUGAGCUUAAGAUCAUUGACCUGAUUUAUUUUCAACUUGCUUGUUGGACACGUCAGUUUUCUGGAAUUCAUUGGAAUAUAACACAUAUACCAGUAGUACACUGUAUUAUUAAAUAAAAGCAACGCUUUGUUAAGAGUCAA